GCUCGUAGCAACAAGUACAAACAACAAACAAGCAUGGCGUCGUCGAAAACAUUCGAAGAUUUAGAUCUCUCUCGCGAAGAAAUUAAGAGAAUAGAGACAGCGUUGAAAGAUGAAAAGUUCCGAAAAAUGUUUAUUGAGUAUGCAGAGGAGAUUUCCAAUCCGGAAAACCGCAGAAUAUACGAAGAAGAGAUUGCAAUGUUGGAAAAUGAACGAGGUAUGGACGUUCAGUUUGUUAACCCAGAACCGGGUCAUGUCUUGAAAACGGCAGUUACCGGCGGCAAGAAAGCUUUCAUUAACAUUUGCACAAGUGACAAGAUGGGUAAACCAACGUCAAGAAAGGAACAAAAUAAGGAAGGAAAAAGAGGUUUACAUUGGCAAAUCCCUCACUCUUUUGCACCACCCAGGGAAGAUUUUGACAAGUCGAAAGAGACUUGCAUGGUUUACGAUGUUGUAUUCCAUCCAGAUACAUAUCGCAUGACAUCGAAUCCCCAUUUCUUAAAACUUGUAGAGGAUACAGCUGUUGAAGGAAUAGAACGUCAGUUUGAUGUAAAACUGGACCGCAACAAUAUCCGCCGUCCUAAGAUGAAGUGCAAGGGCAAACCUGUGGCAACUGUGAUAAGAAAUAGGAAAGAGGAUGUUGAUAAAAACAAGGCCAAAAAAGAUGAAACUGAUCCGUUAUCUUCUAUGCCUUAUCCAUAUCCUGAUAAAACAAGUUCUGAAUUAGCUGAAGAAAAGAACAAACAAGCUGAUAAAAAGGCAUCAAAAGAGAGCAAAACAAAAUCAAACAAUUUGAUAAAGGAAGAAAAUGGCUAUACUACUCCGAGUUACACAAUUACUCAUCGUUCUAAUCUUGAUUUGCAAGAAUUUAGAAAUGCGCCUGAUUCAAGACCAACUACAAGACCAAAGGAACUGAUAGUUAACAUUGAGUUACCUUUGUGUAAAUCGGCAGCAGGGGUUGAUUUGGAUAUUUUUGAAGAUAAACUUUCUUUGAAAAGUGAAAAACCAGCUUACAAACUUGAUUUCAAGCUGCCAUAUCCAGUGGACGAUGAAAAUGGUUCUGCAAGAUUUGAUAAAAGCAAGAAGUCAUUGGUAAUAACUCUGCCAGUUUUAGCAGGAGAAAUCCCUGAAAUACCGUCCUUUCUAGAUUCAAAGAAUGAAACUGAUAUUCCAUCACUCAUUGAAGAAUUGCCCCCUUUGGAAGAAGUUAACAACUCUGCAGAUGAUGUGGCAGAUGAUUUGCCUAUAUUAGAAGAAAUUAUCUUGGAAUCCGAAUGUAUGGAUAACAAGUUGUCAGAAUCAUCUAUGGAAGCCAACAAGACCAAGAUAUCCUAUAACUUGCCUGAAUAUGACUUUAAUCAAGACCAAGAGACUAUAACAUUUGUGUUUCAUGUACGAAACAUCAGUGAUGAUUCUGUCUGCAAGUCAUUUCCAUGUCCAGGCAGUUGUGAGAUUAAGUUUGUAUCAAUAGGCUCUGGAGGAUUCCCCAUGCAUUACCGGUUCCUUAGUUCUUUUGGUGAAGAUUGCAAGCUUGUAGCAGAGCACUGUACAGUGGACAUUUCAGACAGAAAUUUAACCUUCACUUUGCUGAAGCAGAAGGAUAGCAGAACUAUGUGGAACAAGUUUUUUGCUGGUGCAGAUGAAGAAAACAUGGAGGAGAAGGUAUUUGUGACAUCUGACAAUCUGCAAGAGGAGCUUGAUCAGUUACAACAGGAGGGAGAAAACAUGGGACAGACAGACGAACAUGCCCCCGAGCAACAUGCUGCAAACAUCAAGGUUGUUGAAAUGAAUGAAAAAAGACUGACAUUAAAUAUCAGGAAGCCGACUGUGAGUUUCAGUGAGGAGGAGGAGGAUGCAUAUGAUGGUGAAGACUCGCCCCUGUCAGCUGGUAUUGAGGUGGUACAUUCCUAUAAACCUCCAAGUCUACAUGGUAUCCUUAAACAACGUUCUAUAUCAGAAUCUAGUGAAGAUCAUCUUAGUUUGUCAAGUGAUAGCCCAACAGCUUGCAGCCCCAGAGAUAGUGAUGGGAGCUCCGGCAGACGAUCAGUGACAUUUAACAGUCACAUAGACCAAACAACAUUCAAAACAAACGCCACAGUGACAAGUAUGAAACAAGCAUUGAAAAGUAAAAGAAAGAGGAACCGUAAGAGAGAAGAGAGGAAGAGGGAACGUGAAGGUAGAAGACGACAUAACAGCAAUGGCUCAGAGUGUAGCAGUUGUGAUGAGCACGAUGCAAGGCAUAGUUCCGAGUCUCACAGUGAAGAAGACCCAGAAACAGAGGAUUUAGCCCAACAGUUGCAUGACACUGGGAAGAAGGUGGAAGAUUAUGGUGUAAUUAUUGAGGACCAAGAAGAUGUUGAUGAAAAACAUGAAACAGAGGAAAGUAAAGCUGAAAGUGAUGUCAGUAAAACCCCUGGGUAUCAGAUACAUUCUGAAUCUGAGAAUAAAUCUAGCAAGUUUGCAGCUGAAGUGAAAAGUAAUAUGGAGAAAAUGAAAGUUGGUGCAGGGGAUAAUGACAGUGAUGAUGAUGAUGUUGUAGAUGAUAGUGAAGUAGAAAGAACUAGUGAGAAUGGUGCAAAAAAUGUGAUCACUAAAGAUGAAAAUGAGCAGAAAAAAGUAAAUUUGACUAGUGGUAAAAUUGAGAAUAAGAAAGUUGAAGAAAGUGAUCUCAGUAUGGCAGGAAAUGGCAAAACUCCAAUCAUGGCAGCUAAUGAUAACUCAGGGGAGACAAUAAAUAAAGGUGAUACAAAAGGUGCAAUCAAGGGAAACAAAUCAGGUAAGGGAAGUCAGAAGGGAGUGAAGUUCAAGGAUGAUGUGAAAGGAAAUAAAGCAGAAGAAAAAGAAGAUAAGAAAGCAGAAAUAGAGAAUAUUGUGGAAACAGAGCUGAGUUGGAAUGAAGGGAACAAGUCGUCUCCCUUUAAUGAGCACAGAACUCAGUGUGCCUUCAACUUCUCCAAUAAUGUUAUGUUUGAUCUUGAUAUUGAUUAAUGUUGUUGUUCAUGUUGAUGUGAAGUUCUGUUGGUUUUAUGUAUUAUUCAAAUGCUGACACAAGUGGUUUGUAAUUUACUUAUAUCUUUUGAAAAGGAAUUGUAAAUAACAUUAGAAAUAAGAACACUUCUAAAGUAGAAUUUAUGUGUACAUUUUGAGUGAAGUCUAAUUAAGAAAUUGGUAGUUAUGUUUUUGUUUGUCAAUGAUCAGCUCUUUAGUUCUGGAAUAUUUACCUUGAUUGUUUCUGCGUUUUUUAACGUUUGAUUUUUUUCAUGGAUCUAUUUUUGUUUACAAGUUGACAUAAUUAUUAAAUAGGACAAAAUUAUAUGAAAAAAAGAUACGUCAAUAGUUUAACUUUGUGCUCGAGGGACUAUCAACUUUUUUCUCUAUGUCUAAUCAUUUAAACAUAAAACUUUGAUAUUCCUGGUGAAAGAAAGGGGUUUUUUUUUGGUGUGUUUUUCUCGGUACUUGGUUAUAUUUUUAAGUACAUAUUUUGAACAGGAACUAUAUGAGUAAAAUUAUUUGUUUUCUUGUGAGCUUUUGUGAUAUUUAGUUUGAAAUUGUUCAUAUGUUCUGACUUGAUUUCUGUAAAAAAAUACAAAAAAAAAAUAAGUGUACCAUAUUUUGUACAUUUGUAACUUGUAUAUAAGUGUUUGUAUAUGGCACGAAUUAUUUCAUCAUGUAUUUUUUACUAACAGAAAACUUACACAUACAAUGAUACAUGUAUAUAUAAUAAUUAUAUAUAUAUAUAAAAAAAACAAUGAAAUUAUUGAUGUCACUGGGUAUGUUCUAAGAAUAUCAUGAUUAUAUGAGAACUGUAUACUUACAUGUCUGCAUUUAUGAUAUUUGUAUUUUGUGGACUUUUUUUUAAUCUCUUGGCAAUGGUUUCAAACCAUUUAACAUGUUUAUGAAGAUAUCCGAUUCAAUGGCUUCAACAUAUGGCUGAAAUGAUAAAGGAAAAUAUCUUCCUUUUCGGCCUUUUUUAUCAGUAUGUUGUUUGUUAUGGAGAUUAUCAUUUGAUCAGUGUAAUACCUAUUAAUAAUAGCACAUUUGUUGAAAUAUUUUUUCACUAUGAGAUUAAGCUAAUUUAAAUGAUUAAAGCAGUUUUCUCAGUCAAUACGAAAAACUAAAUUAUUAAUAAGUCGAAUACUAUUUUCCAGAUUGUUCACAAGUCGUAUUAGAAAAGCAUAUGUUGCUAUUGAAGAAAACGUAAUUUUGCUGCCUAUCCAUUCACAUCAACAGUAUUUUCUAGUCAUUUAAUGACACAAGUCUGUGAUUUGUUCAUCUAGAGUUUAUCAUUCCCAAGGUUAUCUUAAAAAGUGUGCUUCAAGUUAACAUGAUAGUUAAUGAAAAGUGUUCUGUCUGUUCUGUGAUGUUGUCAAAGAAAUAUAUUCACAUGCAAUUUGAAAUUUGAUAAGUAGUGAAUGUGUUUCAAUUUUGAAUGUUGUAUUAAAAAUGUGUUCUCUUUAAAGUUCACGAAAUCUGUUAAUUCAGUCAGAUAAUCUUCUGCUAGUUGUGAUUAAAUACCUUGUUUAAUCAUUUGCAUAUAUCUUCAUCAGAAAUGGUUAUUCUUAGCCUUUAGGAAGUUUAGGUUCUCAACUCAAGAUUGACCUUUUCUGAAAAUGUUAUAAAAAAUUAUUUUAAUCCCAAAUGUAUUUACUGCAAGCUGAAUAAUUUACUUUUGCUUGUUUAAUGACGAUGUUCUUUCCAUAGAAUAAAGCAUUUAAUGUAAAUUCAUUCUCUAGAGAAAACUUGCUAGUCUGUCUAAGUUAACUUCGUCCAAAAUAUUUUGGACGUUUUAAACUUCAAAACUUCAAUUUAAAAAGUCAAAUAUUCGCCUAGCCUUGAGGUUAUUAAACUUUUUCUAGAGUUCUAUCUCGAAUCUCGGCUGGACCCUGGUGUAAUUUUAAAGGUCAAGAUUUAAUGAUAGAGGAAGUAUUACCAGUAAGAUAUAUUUCUCUGCAUAUUUGCAAAAUAACAAUUAUUUGAUUUAAUAAGAUAAUGAUUUACUGCAUGAGAUAAUUUUGUAAUAAUUAAGUGAACUAGGGAAACAUUGUUGAUACAUAUUUAAUUUAAUUUGAAACCUUCAUUUUCUGACCAAGAAUAUGUUUUCUUUAACACAAUUCUAAUAUUGCAUUUAUAUACAUUGUUACUAUUUCCA